ACAAAGUCCCGCCUUUCGUGGCGACAGGCCGGCUGCGUCGCUAUAGUAUCCGGCACUGAGGGGAGGAGGACCUCUUUUGAACAGGAUGGCUGGGCGCUUGUGGGGAACGGCUGGGUCUUGGAUGGCGGCCACGGCGGGGGCCCUUGGGAGCCAGAGGCCCCCCUCAGCGACGGUUGGACCCUCACGAAGCAUAACCGUCACUCGGACCGGCGCCAUCUUGCCUAAACCUGUCAAAAUGCCCUUUGGUCUUCUUCGGGUGUUUGCAGUUGUAAUCCCCUUCCUCUAUGUUGGGACACAAAUCAGCAAAAACUUUGCAGCUUUGCUUGAAGAACAUGAUAUCUUUGUGCCAGAGGAUGAUGACGAUGACGAUUAAUAGUGUUGCAGUGUUCGAUUGCAAGAGAGAAACACAGAGAUGAAAUAUUCUUACAAGACCCCCUCUAGUUUGUAAAGAAGGUGUUUUAGAGCUGCUGGAUGUCCACCAUACUAGUGAAUGUUCUCUGCAUGUCUAAAUGAGGAUGACCUAGAUACGUGGGUAUGCAUAUAUGUUUGUUUGUUGAUUAAGCAACCAUUAUAUGCUGCAUCAUACAUCUUCUGCAAUUGUGUGAGGGUCUGUUUUAGAGUAUGGAAAAUGGUUUAGACUGCAAAUAAAUUAUAUACCAAUA